AGGCACAUUUAUAGGUGAUUUCCCCUGUAGCUAAAUAUAAACGGGGAAAACCCAUGCUUGGAUCCGCGUUUUGUGAAACGCACGUAAGCUUAAAAUAGUGAUCCGCAAAAUAUAAGCGAGUUAAAGAGACACGGAAACGUUUUGAACUCAUCGCAGUUAAGUAGAUACACAGAGGUACAUGCGUCCGCUUACCAAAGUUGGAUUCAAGAUGGAGUUGGAUAAAGAAGAAGAAUUUAACUGAACAUCUCCGUGCAUUGGAUAACGGCACAUGUCGAAUAAUUACUCGUUGGUGAAAAUAUAGAUCAACACGGCACAAGUAGUGGCAUGGAAGUGAAUGAUAAGGAAGACAGCGAUGAUGAUGAUGAUGAUGAUGAUGAUGAUGAUUUGGAGAUUUUACGCGCUUUCCCAUAUGUUGCCUGCGUAUUUCGCACACGUUGAUACAGGAAAUGCAUGUAUGAUGGCGUCAACGUCUUCAGGUACAAGUAGCCCUUUGUCUUCUCUGGCCGAGAGCAGCCUAACUUCCUCAGAAGAUGGUGAGCCGAACUUUAUCAAUGUGGACGAAAGGUACAAAUGUGCUGUCUGUCACAACGUCUUAAAGAAUCCUGUUCAGACAAAAUGUGGACACAGAUUGUGUGAAGGAUGCGUUGAAAUACUUUUCCGGCAGGGCGAGCCAGUAACUUGUCCACAAGCUGAUGAAUACUGUGAAAAGCUCAUGAAAAAUGACAUCUACCCUGAUGUUAGUGCCAGAAGAGAAAUAAGAAACUUGCCUGUCUACUGUCCAUUCAAGAACUUGGGAUGUGGAAAAGAAGUGCCAUGGAAAGAUCUUAAUAAGCAUGUGAGUGCAUGUACCUUCAAGCCUGUUGAAUGCCCAAACAGGCACAAUGGAUGUAUGGAAAUCCUCCCCCAGAAAUCUCUAGACUCCCACGUGAAGCAGUGUCAAUAUCGCCAAGUUCAGUGUGACCAGUGCAGACAGCCCAUCCCAAUAGCCAUGGCACAGAAACACAAGGAGUCGGACUGCCCAGAAGCAAAUAUUUCAUGUCCUUACAAGUGUGGUGCACCUCAGAUGAAGAGGAAGGAGCUGGAGCACCAUUUCAAUGUUUGUCAGAAGAAACCGAAGGAAUGCAAAUUCAAGUCUGUCGGGUGUACUUUUGCUGGCAGUGCACAAGACAUUGCAGAGCAUGAAAAGCGGGAUAUUUCCCAGCAUCUGGAACUUGUGACAAUGUAUACUGGAAAUAUGGACCUACAGAGCAUGCAGAUCAGGACUGAACUUGGUGAGAUAACAACAGAGAGAGAUCAGCUGAAAGCUCAGCUUGAAAGGACUCUUGCUGAAAAUGCCUCACUCAAGGAAAGUGUUGGAAAGCUGGAGACUACGGUUCGUGAUAUGAGGUUGAAAAUGGUUUCCCAGACUGAGAGAGUUAUUAAGCUGGAGAGGAGGGUGGAGGAACUACCGCGCAAGGAACAGCUGGAACAACAAAGUCGAGAGUUGACAACACUCCGUGAAAAGUCACAGAGUCUGACAGAGCAGAUUGCAGGGAUGGAGGGUGGUCAGACAGUUGCCCGCUAUGGCAGUUUGAGCACAAUGGCAGAUGCCUUCACCACUCAGCUUGCUGCGCAUGACCGACAAAUUGGUAUCCAUGAUGUGCGAAUUGCAGAAAUGGAUCUGAGAUUUCAGAUUUUGGAAACUGCCAGCUAUGAUGGGGUCCUGCUGUGGAAGAUCCGAGACUACACGCGCCGCAAGCAGGAGGCUGUGAGUGGGAGAACUCUGUCACUUUACAGUCAGCCAUUCUACACCAGCAAGUAUGGAUACAAAAUGUGUACGAGGGUCUACCUGAACGGCGAUGGCAUGGGCAAGACAACACACGUCUCAUUGUUCUUUGUCAUCAUGCGUGGAGAGUACGACUCUCUCCUUCCCUGGCCGUUCCAGCAGAAGGUCACCCUCUACUUGCUGGACCAAGGAGUGGAGCGGAGGCAUCUGAGCGAUCAUUUCCACCCUGAUCCCAGUAGCAGCAGCUUCCGCAAGCCCCAGACCGAGAUGAACAUCGCAUCUGGGUGUCCUCUGUUUGUCAGCCACUCUGUCCUGGAGAACCCGACAAACAACUACUUGAAAGAUGACACAAUCUUUAUCAAGAUUGCAGUAGAAACAGCUAACCUCAGAAUAGUCUAA